AUGCCAUUUCUAGAUUCAAACAUUGUUAUUGUUACCUGGAAUGGGCCACAUGACCCCCAAGACCCUUUCAAUUGGCCGUUAAAGAAAAAAUGGUGGGCAACCGGACUCGGCCUUGUUGCAAGUUUUAUCUGUUCUGUGAACGGAACCAUUCUCACUGUUGCUCACAAGUCAAUCAACGACGAGUUUCACAUCUCAGAUAAAAGCUUUCCUUAUUCAUACUGGCCCGUUACUUCUUGGGGAGUGGGAGCAUCCGUAUGCCCCCUCUUCUUAUUUCCUAUCAUGGAAGACUUCGGAAUCCGGCCAGUAGUUCUCGUCACCUAUUUUUGCUUCAUCUGCUUUCUUAUUCCAGUCGGCCUAGCUCCAAAUUUUGCAACUCUUGUUGCAGUGCGAUUCUUUAGUGGAGGUUGCGUUCCGCUCAUGAGCGACGCCGUCGCCGGCAUUGUAUCGAAUGUUUUUUACGGAGAUCAAGCCAGGAGCAUUCCGAUAUGUCUCUACGUUACGGUCUAUCUUGCAGCAACCAGUAUGGGCCCAGCAAUGGGUUCUGCUAUACUUCAGUUUCUUCCUUGGCGCUGGAUUGGAUAUAUUGAAUUGGUUUGGACCACCGUUCUAUUUCCUAUUCUCUUUAUUGGCCUUCCCGAAACCCGUGGACCCGCCAUCCUGCUUGCCAGAGCCAGAAAGCUGCGUCGCGAGGGAAGGAAAGUAUAUACAGUAGCGGAGUUUGAUAAUACACCGUUAUAUCAGGUUUUGAUCAGGAGCAUACAACGACCUCUUUUCAUGUUAUGCACGGAAUCAGUGGUUUUUGUAGCUGCUCUCUGGGCCGGCUUUAUUUUAGGAAUAAUCUACUUGUUUACUCAGUCAGUCGAGCAGGUGUAUGGAGAGCUAUACGGCUGGGGGCCUGUAGAGACUGGGUACGUUCAAAUUGCUAUUGUCGUCGGGGAAAUUCUGGGCUGUGCAUUUUGCAUGUUCACAAAUCACUGGUAUUACGCUUCCGCUGUACGGAAUACCGAGACUCCGGGUACGCCUAUCCCUGAGGCUAGACUAUAUGCCUCGAUCAUUGGAGGGCUAUUUGGUGUCACUGGUGGAAUGUUUGUGUAUGCAUGGACAUCAUUCUCCACCAUACAUUGGAUGGCUCCUACAGUCGGACUGACCAUGAUCGGGUUUGGAAUUACAGCUGUUGUGAUAGGAAAUGCAAACUAUCUGGUUGAUGCAUACAGUAAGUAUGCGGCGAGCGCUCUCGGUGCCGUGGGUUUAAUCGAGAAUAUCUCCAUUUCCUUCCUCCCUCUUGCUGCAACAGCAAUGUACACAGAUCUCGGCCUUCAUUGGGCUAGCUCACUCCUCGCAUUCGUGUCUUUAUUACUUGUUUCUACUCCAUUCGUCGUUCUCAAAUGGGGCAAGGAAAUUCGAUCGCGCAGUCCUUUCAUGAAAGAGGCUAUUAUAGACCGGCGAAGAGAAAGCAUCCCAACAGCCAUCGCAUAA